AUGUCACAAGAAGCAAAUACUAACCUGUCUGAGAAAACCCAGAAGAUGCAAGAGUUAAUCUUCAAUGUUAUGAGGCUUAUUUCCUUUAGUUUACAGAAGUAUGUCAAUAUGGCUACUUCAUCGAGUACGGAAUUACCCAACCCAGCAGCUGUCCACUCUAGCUUGAUGAAUUUCAGCAAACAACUUGACAUAGCACUAACGCGAUUUUAUUCUGCGUGUGAUCAACUAGAAAUAAACGUCAAAUUACGAAUCGAAGAAAUUAAGUACAAGUCAAUUGUGGGAGAAAUUCUAUCGAACGCUGUGACGAAUAAUACUACGUAUAGUCAGGACUACGUUGAUGAAAUAAAAAGCCAUGUUGAUUGUGUCAAUAGGCUACAUGAACUGUUAUCCGAUUUUGUAAAGAACUGA